CUAGUAUAUGGCCACAAAAGCAGCUUAUAUCCAUUUCCAUCCCCAACCAAUUAAGGUAAUAAUUAGUAGAUGGCGGCGACCAUGAAUCUCUUGGUUGGCUCCUCUACCAGGUUCAGAUUCAGACUCCAUCCUAUGAAUCCCAUCCACAUCCACACCCACACUCGGAAGCCAUUUGUGUCCUGCUGUCACAACCAGAAAAGCAUAUGGCCGUCCGUUUCUGUCUGCCUCUUCGGGUGCGGUUUCCUUGUGGGUCCUCUUAUCGACGGCAUCCACUCGAGGGUGAAUCUUGUGGUUUAUGAGAAUGGGUCCAUAGAUAUCGGUCCUCUCCACACCAACAUCUGGGUUCCUCCCUUGCUUGGAUUGUUUUACGCCACCGUUGGUUUGCUGCAACUUUUUCUGGAUCAAAAGUCGAGGCCUCCUCCUGAGAAUGGUUUGGGGAAAGUCCUUGCUUCCCUCUUAGCGUUGGUGGUGUUCAUUGACUUGAGUGCUGAACUAUAUAAAGCUGGAGUUGAAGACGAUGUGGAAGCCUACAUACUGUUUGGAUGUGCUGAAUUGGUGUGGUUAGCGUUUGACAGGAGUAGGGUUGGGUUUGCAUUGGCUUGCCUUGUUGGUAUUGCCUGCCCACUUGCUGAGAUUCCUAUAAUGAAAUUGUUCCAUCUAUGGUAUUAUCCCCACCCAAACAUCCAGAUCAUGGGCCAGGGAUGCGUAAGUUGGACUAUAACUUGUUAUUUUGCCUACACGCCAUUCUUGAUUGCAUUAUCACGCUGGCUCAACAAGAAUAUUUCAACAUGAUUCAAACGUCUCAACUCCUGUAUUGUAAAUUCAUUAACCUUUCCAUCUAUUACUAAUCUCCCUCGAUUUUAUAAUAUGGUUUUUGAGAAAACGAUAAUGUUUUUCUGUUAGAAUAUGGCAGAUUUUCUCUAAUAAUAUAAACUGAAUUGAGGACGUGAUAAUCACUAUCCUUAAAGAAUAUUAGCCCCCACUAUUUACGCCGGUGGUUCGAGACUAAUUUCUUCCCAGAAUUCAACCUCAAAUAACAGAACUUUAUGCAGUGUACACAAAGUUCACAUGAACAUCAAGCGUUUGCAUUUUGUAUGUAUUGAAAGUGCAUCAAAUUUUG